UUUCUACUUCGCUUAAACCUUGGGUCUUCACUGUAACCGGUUUUUCCUCUCAGUUAUUCUUGUAAUUAGAUCAUCCUUGUAUCAUGAAGUUAUCCAAUCCAGUGCUUUUAUCCAUCGCCUUGGCGUUUCCUGCCAGCACGGCCGCCACCCCAGGGGUGUUCAAGGUGGAGUUCAACGUCCACAGAGGGUCGUCGUCUGAUUCUGCCGAGUUUGGAGCGUCUACCCAUUUUUCCAAGAGAGAAGUUGAUGGGGUGCAGGCGGUGCAGCUUAUCAAUGAAAAUACUUUCUACUUGGCCAACUUGUCUAUUGGGUCCAACGGCCAGAAAGUGGGGGUACAAUUGGAUACUGGUUCGUCCGAUUUGUGGGUUACGGGUAGCGAUGACUCGAUCUGUGCCAGCGGUACUGCCAAGCGUGAGUUUAAGAAAUGGCAUAACACUGGCGGAUACUUCGACUGCAGCAUUUACGGGACUUUUGACGAGUCCUCGUCGACCUCUUUCAAGAGCAAUAACACCGAUUUUUACAUCCUGUAUGGGGAUUACACGUAUGCAUCCGGUGGCUGGGGCUACGACACGGUUUCCAUUGGGUCCUUAACCGUUGAAAACAUGUCUUUUGCGGUCGCUAACCAGUCAAACUCAACCAUGGGGGUCCUUGGGAUCGGUUUUGCCAGCUUGGAAGCCACCUACUCCUCCGCCUUCGUGGGUGUAGAGCCGUACAUGUACGAAAACUUUCCGAUGAAAUUGAAGAGCGAGGGAUUCAUCAAGAAGAAUAUCUACUCGUUGUACCUCAACCUGCAGAAUGCCCCCCACGGAUCUGUGUUGUUUGGCGGUGUAGACCACUCCAAGUACAUUGGUAGCUUGGUCACCUUGCCAAUCAUCAACCGGUACACCAAUUAUACCACCAAUCCUUGGACGACCCAAGUCACCCUCGACUCUGUCGCUUACGAAGGCAAGACCCUUCUGACCAAUUCUACCGUUGCUUUAUUAGAUUCUGGAACCAGUUUAACCCAACUUCCAUCGUCAGUGGUCAGUGCGGCUGUCUCCGCCUUGGGCUUGUCGUACGAAAAUGAUGUCCAAGCCUACACUGCCAAAUGCGGUGCCUUUAACGACAAGAGCUUCACCUUCACCUUCGCUGGUGUCAACAUUACCGUCCCAGCCUCCAAUUUCUUUUAUAGCUUGACCGACUUCGACGGCUCUGUCAGUAGUACCUGCGCCUUCGGGAUAGUCGAAUCCGAUUUUAUUGUGCUCGGAGACAGUUUCUUGAACGCCGCCUACGUGGUGUACGACUUGGACGACUACAAGAUUUCUUUGGCCAACGCCAACUUCGGCGAGUCUUCCAACAGCGAAGAUAUUGCUGUGGUGAUUUCCACCAUUCCGGACCCUAAUUCCGGUGCCUCUACCGGCACUUCUAACACUGCCAUGGCCACCAACACUGGCAGCGUUUCCACCACUACUGCGGCCUCUUCUCUGAAGGGCAGUGGUGCCGGCCAUAUUGUCAAGCCUGGGGUAUUUGCCGUUGUGGGAUCUGUAUUCGGUUCUGCUCUUUUGCUGAUCUUGUAGACCUUCACGUCAACCUUUAUUAUUGUCUUCAACUUCUAAUGUUCGACAUCCU